UAUCUGCUAAUUGUUUCAGAUUGUUUCAGGACACAGCUACGAACAUUACCAGGACUCACCAUGAUCACCAUGCUCACAGUGCUGCUAUACCUUGGUGAGAUAUGAAGAGGGGCUUAUUGUGGAACACAGAACUGCAGUACAGGCAGGAACCCUUCCAAAGCCCAUCAUCUGGGCUGAGCCAGGCUCUGUGAUUGCCAUGUAUAAACCUGUGAUUAUCUGGUGUCAGGGAUCCUGGGAGGCCCAGGAGUAUCUUCUGCAUAAAGAGCGAAGCAUAGAUCCUUGGGACAUUGGAUUCCCUCUGGAAACCAGAAAUAAGGCGAAGUUCAACAUUGAAUUCAUGACAGAAACUUAUGCAGACAUAUAUAAGUGUUCCUAUAAGAGCACUGCUGGCUUUUCAGAUCACAGUGAUGCCAUGGAGCUGGUGAUGACAGGAGCCUAUGAAAAUCCCAGCCUGUCAGUCUGGCCAAGCCCUGAUGUGACCUCAGGAGUUCCCAUAGCCUUUAACUGUAGCUCAUCCUUGGGAUUUGGCAGAUUCAUUCUGAUCCAGGAAGGAAAACCCAACCUCUCAUGGAUUCUGAACUCACAGUAUCAGGCUAAUCAGACAUUCUAUGCUACUUUUGUUCUGGAUGCUGUUACUCCCAACCACAAUGGAACCUUCAGAUGCUAUGGCUAUUUUAGGAAUGAACCCCAGGUGUGGUCAAAAUCAAGUAACCCUCUUGACCUCAUGGUCUCAGAUCCUGUUGACCAGUCCUCUACCCACAUUGAAGAUGAAGCCCCAGCCUCACACCACCGAGAUCACACAGUUGAGAAUCUCAUAAGGAUGGUUUUGGCUGCCUUGGUUCUUGUGACUCUAAUGAUGCUGCUGUUAGAAGCUUGGAACUUCAAGAAAUUGGAACAAGAUGCAACCAGGACAUAAACAAGAAAGAUCACUAGGCUCCACACUUGAACAGACCACGGAAAUAAGUUGAGUGAUCCCAUACAGCUGUGUAAAAUCAAACUAGGUGUACCUUAUGGUUCUACAUUCAGAGAAGGUCAAAGCAGUAAAUGUGACCUGAGUGUAGGGAAUUCUGGGGAUUUCAUUCAAGAGCACUUUGCUUGUUCCACUGUGCUCCUUUCCCCACUCUGCACUGUGAAUAUUGGCUCACUUCUCUUCUGACCCCCAUGCGUUAUGUAUCCUAUGAACCAUCACUCUCCAUCAGCUUCAAAUAACAUUUCCUCUACAUUGCCUGAGUCAAUACUCUUCAGCAUGAGUCUUUAAUUUUAUUACUGAGAAAGAGAACAUAGUUGAAACAAGCACACAUAUUGGAAAGAGCCAGAUUCCAGAAUGAACAAAAUUAAUGACAAUGAUGCUCUUGAACUCUCUCUGAAAUCUUCUUUAACUUCAACGCUCAUUACUAGAAUUAUUUGAUGACUCCUUUUAAAAAUAUCAUAUCUGCCUUCAAGUCAACGACCCUAUUCAGAACUAAAGAGAUUGCAUACUAUUGCCUUGAUUUUUAAUGUUGCCACAACUUUGAUUAUGUUCUUUGUUAUUUUAAAACACUUGUACAGGAGAACAGGACAAACUUACAUUAACCAUACUCACAGUUUGUACAUCUCCACAAACUUCAGUGAAAUUAGGACAGUUAUUCUGCAGCUGUGCGCUUUACAUUUUAUACUUCCACUCAUAAAAUACCACUUUAUUAAACAGGGUCUACAUUUAGUAUUUGCUAAUCAUUGUGUACAUUACUUAAUAGUAACUCUUAAAUCCUAAUUAAAGUCACAUGUGGGUAGUUCAGAAGUGAUACAUACUUAAUGUUUUCCUUGUAAUUUCAAAUCUCACUAUUCAUUGAUAUUUACUCAAAAGGCAAUUGUUUUGUAAAUGAAUGAUACAAUCAUGAAUUUUGAAUAUUAACUUUUCCCCUAAUUUGGGAAGCAUGGUUUCUUUUUAAAGAUUUUUUUAAAUUUAUCAAAAAAAUUUCGUGUAAUGUAUUUUGAACAUAUACUCUCCACAGUCCCUUCUCAAUAUUCUCUCAUCUCCAUAUACAUUGAGAGCUUCUGAGAAGAUAAAUAGUUUAUUUAAAAUUACAUCUUUAUUCCUUUGUUAGCUUAUGUAUAGUGGCAUAUCUCUUUGACAAUUUAUCUCUUCUAACAGAAAAAUAUGCAUACUUUUUGACUUUAUUUACUUUAUUUGUCUGAGAAGGGGCACGUUGUAUCUUAUCUUUAGGGGACAUUUCUGACUUUAUCAAUUAAUACAAUGUCAUUUCCAACGUUUUCAAAUGUGAUAUCUUUAAAAAGAUAUUUUACAUUCCUUACUUCCUGUGAGAAUUUAUAAGUAAUUGCUAUUUCACAAUGAAAACGCUGCAUCUUCAAUGAUCUUUACAUUUGUUCUUUUCUACAGUGCUGUUGCAUUGAAUGUCUUUUCUGUGUUUUUAAAUAGUGAAUAUUUAUUAACUAACAAUUCUAUACAUUUAUGGAGUAUACUUGUAUUUACAUACCACUGGAAACUCUUAUUUUUUUCAUCAUGUAUCAUUAAGUUGUAAUAUAUGACCAAAUGCACUCUUAGAUAAUAUUUUCAUUCUGAUGAUGUAAUAGGGCAGACAAAGCACCAGGGCAGAGUUUCAGAAGGGAACAUAUGGAACCAAUGUUACGUAUGUGUUCAGAUGCAAGUGAGAUAUCACUAUGAACUGUAUAAAAAAAUACUGUUGGAGAUUUUUGAAUUUUAUUGUUUCACUAUUUCAUAUAUUGAUAUGAUGCAUUUAGUAAUUGUCAAGCAUGCUUUUGUCCUUAUGGCUUACUCAACUCCUUACAAUUAAAUAUAAGGCAGAGCCAUAGAAGGCUUUCAGGAGAAAACUGGAAGCUUUUUCAACUGCUAAUUAAACAUGAAUAAAAGGAACUUGUGAGAAAAA